AUGGAUCCAUAUAAGGCAGUGCAUUACGUUGCCCCCACCAAGAAUAUUAAUCACGCAGAAUCUAGCAGUGGGAGCUACCAGGUUGGCCGUGUUCCACAAGAAUGGAAGGAAAGGCAUGAUAUCCUGGGGCAACAGCAAGAAAAAAUUGAUGAACUACUUAAGCCUGCUGUAACAUCUUACGGUCUCGUCCCGCCCAUACACAUGCAAACAGCCGAUGAACAGUACCUCGACGAAGCUGUCAAGUUUUCAGCAGUCAAAGCCGUCUUAACCACUAUAUUAGAACAUGAGAGGGAAAUCUUUCCCAACACAGUGCAUCGAAGCACCCAGUAUGACCUCAUUUGCAAAGGAUUUCUGCAGAACAACUUUCGCUCAAAGAAGUAUCUCACUACCCUCGUGAAAAUUCUUGAAAACCCUGAAGCGCUAGAAAACUCAGCAGGAAGAAGAAUUCAAUACCAGCUUGUCUUUUACAUCUUUGAUUUCAUCAUAGACAGCAACAAUAACAAUCUUAAAUUCAUCACAGAGGUCGGGGGACAAAUUUACGAUGUGGAAGGUCGCCGUGAAAAACUCUUGUUCUUGACGAGGUACCUGAAAAAAUACCGGAAUCGAUUCCUAGACGACAGAUAUAAAUAUACAGAACAAGACUUUAGCCCGUUUAUUUCAUUGGCCAACACAUCUGAACCUUUUUACGACUGGAUUCAUAAAGUACUUGGAGAGACCUUUGAGCACAAAACCGUUAUAAGCGACUUACCCAACACAAUAGUCAAGGCACAAUAUGACCUGUGGAUGCGCGAGUUGAGCAACGACAAACUGGUCCAACUUCUGCUAAUUGUGCCCUCGCAACGAUUCAAGCAUUGGGCACGUAGUACAAAGCGUAACAUCGACCUCCGCUUGCCAAGACCGGAAAUCAUCCGAUUAUUAAUGGAUUAA